CGAGAGAAUUCGGCGUCAUUCGGCGUUACUGAUAUGGCGGAUUAGACCAGAUUAGACGCUGUUCUCUUGCUAUAGUGUCCCGUUUGACUGUUUUUGUUAGUUUCUGUAUUGUAUCAGCUUUUAUCUUGUGUAACGAUCAAGAAAUAUUUGGAGUAAAGCGUAAAAAGUCGUCAUGGGUUGCGACGGUGGCACUAUUCCUCGCAGAGACGAACUCGUAAGGGUGAAAAGAAAACCAGAACAAAAAGACAAGGAGGCAGAAUUAGCGUUCAAAUGGAAGCAUUGCACAAUACGACAGUUGCCACUGCAACCGCCAAUCGUGGGUUGCAGCUUGGGUCGCUUAUACAGCAAGGAAUCUGUGUUGGAGGGUCUUUUGGAUCGUAAUACUCUCCCAGAAUCUGCUGUACAUAUUAAAAACUUAAAAGAUGUGAGGAAUCUUAAUUUGACACCAAAUCCAACAUUUGAUGGCGAUAAGGCUGAAAAAGGCGAUGGUUACAACGACAGUGGCAAAAGUCCUUAUAUUUGCCCAGUUAUUGGUUUAGAAAUGAAUGGAAAAUACAAGUUCUGCUUCUUAUGGUCGUGUGGAUGUGUAAUGAGUGAACGUGCCCUCAAAGAAGUAAAGAGUACAUCAUGUCACAAAUGUCAGCAACCGUACGAAGAAACAGAUAUAGUCAUAUUAAACGCGGAAAAUGACGAUCUGGAACUUAUGAAAGAACGAGCGACGCUCAGGAAAGCUAAUCAAAAGAAGUCUAAGAAGAAGAAGUUAGAUGAUAAUGUAUUAACAGAAGAGAAAAAAACGGAUGAAGUGGUUAAGAAAAAGAUAAAGAAGGAAGAGAAAAUAAUUCCUAAAUUGAACAACAAUCACAAGGAAGCUCAUGAUCCUGCUUAUAAAAAGGCUAAAAGCGAUUACAGUGUUGCAAAGGAUCCUAAAGCGUCGGAAGUUUUCAAAAGCAUUUUCACCACUCAUAAAUCUGCUACAGAGCAAGAUAAAGCACAUUGGGUUACUUAUAAUCCAUUUUAUAAUUGAUGUAUAUAAUGUAGAGUUAGAAAUUAUUUCCUCAAAGAGAGGAAAAAAUGUGAAAACAAUUGUAACUUAAUUUAAUUUAUAUAUUUUAAAAUGUAUAGGUAAGCGAAAUAUUAAUAUCAUUUAUGCUAUUAAAAAAAUGAAAAUAAAGUCAAUAAAUAACUUGUGAUUAUUUUAAUAUCAAAAUAAUUUAUGUAAUCUACAAAUUCAUGUAUGCAUAUUGUGUCAUUAUGUUUCAAAGGCACAUAAUAUAAAUCUAAUUUACAUAUAAA